UUGGUUUAUAGUUAGAGAUCAAAAUCAUGUGAUCUGGUUUUUUGUUGUGCAUCCAGUAAAGAUAAAUGAAUUUUGAAUGGUAAUGGUAACCUCAAGAUAUAUUAUUGAUAGGUGUUGAUUUAUAAAGAUAACAAUUUUUGGUUGAAAUAGUAUUAAGAAGGCUAGUUUUAUUAUAUUCAGAAAUACAAUAAUGAGUGGGAACAAUGGACAGAAAACAGCCUUAAUUACUGGUGCAUCAUCAGGAAUUGGGUUUGCGGUUUCAAAAGAAUUGAAUAAAAGAGGGUACAAGGUAUUUGCCUGCGCUAGGAGAUUGGAAGCAAUGAAAGAACUAGAAGAACUUGGGAUUCGAACUAUCAGUUGCGAUGUCACAAAACAAGAGGAUGUCUUAAAAAUGAAAGAAAUAGUUGAAAAGGAAGUUAAGGGAGAGCAAGAUAACAAUAACGACAAUGUUGGACUAGAUAUCUUGUACAAUAACGCUGGACAGUCAUGCACAUUCCCAUCGUUUGAGGUUAGUGACGAAGCUGCUAAACAAUGUUUUGAAGUAAAUGUAUUGGCUCCAAUUCGAAUUACAAGAGAAUUUUCCAAACUAAUCAUCCAAAAAAAGGGAAUAAUUAUUUUCACUGGGUCACUAGCAGGAAUCACACCAUUUCCCUGGGGAUCGGUCUAUGGGGCAAGCAAAGCAGCAAUCCACCAGUACGCAGCCAUUUUACACAUAGAAAUGAAAGGAUUGGGGGUGAGAGUGUUGAACGUUGUCACUGGGGGAGUGUUGUCGAAUAUUGAUGAUAAAAGACCACUUCCAGAGGACUCUAUGUUCAAUUUCAAAGAGGGAAUCGAGUCGAUUGAAGGUAGAAAGACCAUGGCAAAGAAUAACCAGCCCUUGAGUGCUGAGGAAUAUGCAAGAAGGGUGUGCAACGACAUUGAGAAAAACACAUACCAGUUGAACACCUACAGAGGCAAGUUUUCCAGCAUCUUGAGGUUUGCAAUGGGGUGGGUGCCUCGCAGCAUCAUGGAGUUCAUCCUCCUGAAGAAGUUCAUGUUGUUUCCCAUCUUCAAGGUGUUGAACUCCCAGAAAGAACACAAAUUCAAAAGAACCUAAGAAGCAAAAGCAGCAUCGCUCCACUGUUGCGGGUGCAAUGCAUGCACACGUCAUUCCACCGUUGUGUGCUUGCGAGCGUCCCGUGAUCCGGCGGAUCUUGUCCGUUGCCAGCCGCCGCCGCCC